AUGCUCCUAUUGUGGAGGGACAGCAACGGCGGCAAGAUUGGAGAGGAUACCUCAACAACCAAGGCCUCAGGCCCAUCAUCGCCUUCUAUUGCAGCCAAUAUCUCAACACCAAAGUUUAAUGACCCGGCCGAACCGGCCAAAAGGAACAGCCCAUCUAAGGCGGAGAUCGCCGCUAUCAAGCGACGAUGUGCAGCCAGUCUCCUGGCCGUGAUCCCGCGCACCGUCGUACGAACUUUCCUUGGUGUUCCCUCGUCGGCGCCUCCGCUGCCCUACAAUAGUGAUGGUACCUGCAGCUCCAACAGUUCACCCUCUCUCGUCACAUCCCCACCUCCUUCCCCCGGGGCGCUCCAGGAAUCCUUCCUGGAGGGGAAGGCAAAUCUGGCGCCAUCGCAUUCGCCUUUGCCUUCGGGUCCCUGUCCAGUUGCGUGUGCUCACCUUGCCGCUGAGCGGCUGCGCACAGACGAUGAUCUAUCUGCAGGGGUUGAUCGCGAGGAACUACAUCUCCUGGAGACAAUCGAGCAUGAUUUUCUAGACCUUUUUGCAGAUGAGCACUGCAAUAAACAUCUAGUCUGGAGUAUUAUCGAGACAGUACUGGCCAAUGUACUCCCCGAAAUGGCGGAGUGCAGUGUUGAGGAUUUACUGGAGAAUCGUGGGGUGGCGUCAGUGUCGCCUGCAUUUGUGUAG